CAUUCCAUACAAGUGGGCAGGAUCAGUGUUACAACUCCCAUUGAACUCAAGACUGAAAAGAUUGCAGACUGUCAAAACACAGACACACACACACACACAAACACCUUUGGCAAACAUGAUCAUUCUAAAGGGGGAAUAAAUCUGCAGAUCACUUUAAAACUUUUUUAAGCUUCUUUCAUUGUGGUAGAGUUUAAUUAUGUGAUGUGACACAGUUUAGGGUUAUAUUUCUAUUUUUUUAUAUCAUUCACAAUCUUGCAGUCAUUUACAUGCCUUACUAUGUGAUGUCAUGGACUUUUUAGGGGAAUCCCCUUCAGUGUACAUUGGUACCAUAAAAAUCUCAAAAGGCCAUAAAUCAUUCUACUGAAUAAUGUCAUCUAAUCAGUAUUCAACCAUGCACAGUGAAAUGUUUCUGUAGUUCAGUGCUAUUUGUGUGUAAAUUAUAUUAGUAAUAAUACAUUUUAUGACAUAAAGGAUAACUUUCUGUUAAACUGUUGUUUUCCAUUAAAUAUCAUGGGAUUAUACUGAUGAAAAAAAAUUUCUGUUAAAAUGCCACGGAGAGCUGAAAACUAUGAUUCUGAAAAGGAUUCUAGAAAUGGUGAAAUGGAAAUUAGUACUAUUGAAAAAGUGACUAGAGAGAAGCAGGUUUCAAGAAAAGCUUGUACAAUGAACUGUUUUAAACUAUUGUUAGCCAUCUUCAAUAUUAUAUUUAUUCUAGUCGGUAUCGCACUUCUCGCUGUUGGAAUAUGGACUGCAGUGUCCAAGCUCUAUGUUUCAAAUGUCAUUGGAGACACAUUGUUUAGUGCUGCUUCGUACCUUCUCAUCGCUGUGGGUUUUGUUGUUAUUUGCAUAAGUAUUGUUGGACUUUUGGCUGUCCUUAAAGAAAACAAACGAUGGCUAAAGAUUUACUUUGGACUUCUCAUAUUUGGAUUCCUAAUUUUGAUUGUAGCAGCUAUUUUGGCCAUUGUUUUCAAAGGAGAGGUGGAAAGUGUUAUGGUCAACAGCAUGAGAAAAAGUUUAAUCGAGAGUUAUGGUUCUGACAAGGUCAUUACUGAUUCCUGGGACAAGUUACAGACAGAGCUUGAAUGCUGUGCCAUAAGUAGGAAAUCACUUGGUCCCUAUGUCCUCUUCAACUUUCCAUACAAAGAUGGUCUAAAUCCUAAAAAUGACAAUGAAAUAGAAAGUCAGGACUCUUGGCCUAUUUACAAAAGAACAGAGUUUUAUGGCAGGCAGCUGAAAAUAGGUGACGGAGAUAGAAAAUAUGUUCCGCCAUCUUGCUGUGUUGUGGACAAAAAGACCAAAGACUACAAGAGUUUGAAACACUGCCAGUUUUUCUCCACUGGACCUCCUUCCAAUUUUGAGUCCACUUUUACUAAUGAUUAUCUCUUGUACCAGGGCUGUUAUGACAAAGCUAAAGAAUUGGUUCUUGGACAAUCUGAUAUCAUUGUUGCUCUGGGCUUCGUGUUUGCUUUCCUAAUGGUUGCUGGGAUGGUAGUGACAUUUUUCCUUCUUCGAUCUUUGAAUGACGAGGCAGAAGAUGAAGUCAAGCGUAGACGAGAGCCAGAUAAUUUAUAAUUCAAAAUUAUUUUAGCAUUUUUAUCUUUAAGGCCUUGUAAAUUUUUAACAAAAAUUCGUUUUUUUUAGUUACCUAACACUUCCAUAUGCUACAAUCUAGGCCCAAAAGUUUUUUUUUAAACAAUGUUUUUUAAUAACCUUUGGCUUGAACUGAGGUUUGCUGAGGAUAUUUUACAGUAUGUUAUCCCUGAGUCUUAGUUUAUUACUAUUGUUUGAAGAUAUGACCCAAACAUGGUUGAUGUGGUUGUUACUAAUUACUAAUUAGGUUUACAUAAGGUAUAGAUAUCUCUCUUUCAUACUUAGUGUUAACAUUGAUACUGAAUGAGUUGGGGUCCCAGACUAGUUCUGAUCAGAAAAUCCGGCCAUAUAGAAGUGGUUCUUAUGCUUGUAUGUCUGUGGUCAUCUCCUUGGUGAUCUGCUAUUCAUAUUUAUUUAAUGUAUAAAUGGAAGAUCUUAUCAUGAUUGUUCUAUUAUUUUUAAAAAAAGCGAUGUGGGCCUCACUGGUGAAAUUCGCAGUUCAGCUGAACCUCUAAGUUUAUUUUCUGGACAAUAGAACAAUGAAGAUAUUCAGCUUACAUGUAUUAACCAUAUAAAUUGUAAAUCUGAGAAUCCUGUAACAUUGUUUGAAUAAGCUUUAUGGUUUGUAUUACAAUGUAGUAUAUUCAUUUUAUAUGGGCAUUCCCACUACCCAUAUUUUUCUGAUCUACUGAGACAGAUUAAACAAUUAAGUGUUUUAUAAGUAAAUUUUCUAUUGGGUGCUUAUUGGAAAGUGUUCUAACUCUACUUCAUAUUUUUUCUGUUGUUGCUUUUCAGACCUUGGGAACCAAACCAAACGAAUUAGAUUUUCGUAACCAAUAACUGAUGAAAGAAUUUAUGAAUUGUUAGAAAUUUCACAAAUCGAAUUGUUUGUUAUUUCUUUUGUGCUUUUGAAAGGAUCUCAUUGAUCCAGUAAAUAUCUAUUUUACUUAACAAAUCAUGUAGAAUUUUUUAGUCAUCUUUCAACUACUUGUUGUUUGUUCUAAGUGGCAGGUGUAGACUAAAUGUUUGUCUUAUCUCUGGCUACUUCUUGGAUGGCCUCUCUUCUUCUUCCUUUAUAAGUUCCACUUAACUGCUUACUUGGUAUAACUAGACUAGAUGACAUACAUUUAUGAAGAUUUGAAUAAUUUACUGUGGCCUGCUUAAAACAAUAAAUAAACAACAUCAAGUUUUUCUGUUUGAGGUUCCCAGGUAUAUGUUUUUGUUCUGACUCCAGCCUUACUCUCGCCACAUAUAUACUUGUUGAAUGUUACAUUGGUUUAAAAUCUUAACAUUCCACAUUCCAUGCAGACUCCAUACUGGGUCAUGAGUAAACAUGAUACUGUUAUAGUAUUAUAUGUAUAAGGAACGCCUAGCAUUGUGGUAUGCUAGUGUGCCUGUCAGGUAUUAAGCAAAUGAUAUUCAAGUUUGGUGUGUUUACUGUAAUUGUGUUUUCAAAUAUAUUUUUGUCUUAUAUCUUUGUUCUUGUCAUGCACCUUGAUGUAAAGUCUGUCCUAAGCUGAGGAAUAAAUAUUCUUAACAUGGGUAUCCUCAAUGUUCUCUAGAAGAUGAAAUUUAGCAGUAAGCUGAGAAAUCAAAUGGAAUGAGAUAAGAAGCAUCUAUUCAGGUUAACAUAUUUCCAUUUGAAUCAAAUAUAAAGUAGCAAAAGAAAAAAAUCACCUUAAAAACUGUUGUUUGACUACGUUUCGCAUUUAUUUUAUAUUUAAAAAAUACAUCAAGUUUUUAAAAAUUUAGAAUAUUAACUAUAGGGCACAGUGGCUUAGUGGUUGAGAACUUGGCUUCUGAUCCUGGGGUCUUGGGUUCAAAUCUCGUUGAAAACUGGGAUUUUAAAUUUUGAGAUUUUUAGUGCGCCCUCAAGUCCACUUUGACUGCGGAAAGUAAAGGCUGUUGUGCUGGCCACAAGAUACCCUGUCCAUUAACCGUUGGCCAAAAAAACAUGACCUUAAUAUCAUCUGCUGUAUAGAUUGCAAGAUCUAAAAGGGGAACUAGUAGAUGAAUUUUUACAAGUGCUAGCUCUUUUUAAAUCUUUUAUGGGAGAAUAAUAAAAGGACAGUCACAAGUAUUUUUUUCUAUUUUUAUGAUUUUCUAAUAUAGAAAAAAAAAUAUAUUUGAAAGAACUUUCCAACAACAGAAUAAAUGUCUUUAACAUAUUGUCAUAUUCAUAAAUAUUUCUUCUCUGACUAUUUCAGUUUUGAUAUAAAAUAUUUUUUUCAUUUAAUGUCAGGCUGCAAUGAUUGUACUAUAACAUUCAUAAAGAACAAAAAUUGACCUGGCGGAUAUUUCCAGAGCUGUUCUCUUCUCUUUAUAAUAUUACAGAUAAUCAAAACAUUAACAAAAGUAAAACAAUCUUUGGUUCAAAUGCUCAAAUAUUUCAAGAAGAUUUUUUACAUAAUUUUUACUUUGCUAAAAACAAAGGUUUUUUUUAUUCUUUAUGCAUGUCAGUUUUUUUUUUCUACUAUUCAUUUAUAUUGCUAUAUAGUUAUUAAAACUAAUUUAGUGCUGAUGCCAUUGGGAAUGAAAACAGAACUUUACCUAAUCUUCUUAAAACAUUUCUUUUAUGGCCAGGUAAACUUAUUGCAAUACUUGUAUAGUUUCUUCAUUGUAUUUGGAUGUUACAAAUGACAUUGUUUUGUUGUUCACUUUGUAUAUUCCUGUACUUCUGCUGGCUUAGACCUUUAUAGUUUUCCCCUUUUGUUUAUAUUUUGAUCUCUACAUUCCACUAGAAGAAUAUGUAGAAAUAUCUUAUUGAUGAGACUUUUAGCAAUACUUGUAAAAUCUUUUGAUAAUUAGUAUAAACAUUUUUUUUAAAUGUAUGGGUGUAUUGUGCUGUCCUUUGCUUUAUGUGUUGAUCCAUGGGAAUGUCAGCCGCUUAAGCAAAUUUUCUCAUUUAAUAUCUGGGCUACCGUAUUUUCAUGCAUAUAACCCGUGGGUUAUUCAAGUUUUUACAAACAGCUGUGUGGGGUAUACAAAUGUUCCGGGUUUACACAAUUUAUUUUACUAAUAAACAUAGCAUAACAAAAACUAUGAACAUACCAGUGGGUCUUUUAUACCUCUUAUAGUUCGCUGUGUGGUUGUGAAAUGUACAUUGGAAAGCCUUGUAAACAUCUCAUUAUAAACCUCAAGAAAACUAAUUAAAAUAAUACCAAUGCAGCAGAGAAUCUUUAAUAUAUACCAAUUUUGAAACGUAUAGACUACAAUGCAUGCAAUACAUUGGCAAUCGAUCACCGCCUCACUAAUGUCACUGUCUUUGUUAUAGUUAAUGAAGCCAUUGAAACUUUUAUCAUAUUCAUUUUCUUCUUCCAAUAAGCGAAGCAUGUUGACAGCAGCAGUUGGGUUAUCAAUAGAUUCUUGACAUGUGGGAAGUACAAAGGUGCAGGUUUUACAAUUUUGUUUUUACCUAUUUUGUAAUCUGUGCAGGGUAUAUGCGUAUUUGGGUUAUACUCGUAUGUGGGGUAUAUGCAUGAAAAUACGGUAAUAACUAUUAAAACAAAAUUUUUUUCUUUCCAAUUUUCCUCAGAAACUACUGUAAAUUUAUACUUUUAAACUAAUAAUUAAAUUACAAAUGUGUUUAAGUCAUGAGGAGGUAUUUGAAUUCACUUCAUUUGAUAUUACUUCCAUAGGUCAUCUUAACAAAUGGUGAUAAAAUAUAUUUACAAAAGGGAAGAGUGAUCCGAUUAAUUUUUAGUGGGACUUGUUUUUAAUCAUUGUAAUAACUGAAAUGAGUCUCUUGGAUAUAAACCUAGUACCUUGAACCCACAACGUCUUCCUAUUCCCAUCCCAGAGACUCCUUUUUAUAUAAAACAUGCAUAUAGUUUGAGAAUCUCAAUUUGCUCUUGUCAAGUGUAGAAAUUGUUUGUACAACAGGUGUAAGUAUUGUACUUCUUGUACUUGAUGGAUGAAUCUGAUCACUUUCUGUCUUUAUGUAUAUGCACAUUCCAUUUUUUGUUUCAGUAUCAUCAUAUUAUGUUUUUUUUUACAUUCAAUUUUGAAUCAAGUUUGAAAUAAAAGUGUUUCUUGAGCAUAAA